UGGCACGACCACUCACCGGAACCAAAACAACAACACAAGGAAAGACAGCAAUUCUUCCCUCGAACUCGAAGUCUCAACUACCACUUCAGCACUCUUAUUGUUCUGAUUUAGCUGAUAGGUGCAAAUGGGAGAUGUUGAGGAUCCGGAUCUGAUAAGUGAUCUGCCUCAGAGCAUUCUGGAAAGCAUCCUCACUCGAUUACCAAUAAGAGAUGCUGUGAGAACAAGCAUCUUGUCAAGUAAAUGGAGGUAUCGAUGGACUACACUUACUCACCUGGUUUUCGAUGACAAAUGUGUGAGGAUGUGCAGUGAUAGACCAGUGGUUGAAAACUGCAUGGUCAACUUCAUCACUCGGGCACUCUUUCUUCACCAAGGACCUAUUCACAAGUUCCAGCUCUCUACUUCAUAUUUGCAAUGCUGCCCGGAUAUUGAUCAGUGGAUACUUUUCCUCUCAAGGAGUGAUAUUAAGGAGUUGGUGCUUGAACUCGGAGAAGGCGAGUGGUUUAGGGUGCCAUCUUGUCUUUUCAAUUGUAAAAAGUUGACCUGUUUGGAGCUUUUCCGAUGUGAAUUUGAUCCACCUCCUACCUUUAAAGGAUUCUUGUGUUUGAGGAGCCUUAGUCUUCAUCAAGUUUUGGUUGCUCCUGAGGCAAUUGAAAGUCUGAUUUCCGGUUGCCCACUUCUGGAAAGUCUUGCAUUGUCUUAUUUUGAUAGCUUAGCUCUUAAUAUCCACGCUCCAAAUCUCAAGUACCUGUGCUUGGAAGGUGAAUUUACUGAUAUUUGUCUUGAACAUACCCCACUUUUAGUUGCCAUGUCUGUUGCUAUGUAUAUGAAUGACGAAAUGGCAGAAUGCCUUGAGCAAAGUUCAAAGUGCAAUUUUAUCAAAUUUCUUGGGGGUGUACCUCUUCUUGAGAGGCUUGCUGGGCACAUCUACUUCACAAAGUAUUUGAGCAUAGGUGAUUAUCCAGGAAGUCUUGCAAUUACAUACAGCCACCUAAAAAUAAUUGAAUUGUAUCAAGUUAGUUUUGAAGAUAUGAAAGAGAUACGUGUUGUUCUUCGCUUGAUCAUGAACUCUCCUAAUUUCAAGGAACUUCGGAUCUCGGGCUCAUCAACCGCUGUGACUUCUGUAGAAGCACCGAAUUUGGAAUUUUGGGCGAAAGAGUGCCCUAAAGAUUGCACAUUUAAACAACUUAAAGUUGUAAAGAUGACAGAUAUGUCUGGUGUGCCACAUGAAAUGGAAUUUAUGAAAUUUUUGCUUGCGAAUUCCCCAGUGCUUGAGACAAUGUCUAUCACACCUUGUGUAUAUGUCAUGGAUGGCAGAUUGAAUAUGCUGAUUCAGUUGGUCAGGUUUCGAAGGGCUUCUGCUGAAGCUGAAAUUAUAUUUUUACCCGAUGAAACGCUGUGUAUUCCAUGAAAAGCUGCUUUUCUUGUGGAUAUUUGUGAAAUAAUAACAUCAUUCAAGUAUACAAGAAUACGGUGUGCACGAAAUCUUGUUGGGUCUUUUAUCUUGCCCCUUCAUGGGUGCUGCAUAAUAAACUUUGAUUUCUCGAGCUCAAAGAAAGUGAAGAACGAUAGAGAUUCAUGUCCUUAUCUUUUCUUUUCAUAAAGUACUUUAUAAAAACUGACGUCUGUUUUUUAGGAUUUCUUGUAAAUGUUUCAGGACUAUGCUUUGCAUGGUAAUGGUAUUGGUACCCUCCUCGCUUGUUAUUUACCAUUCAGAGACUUUGUUUAUUCCCUGAUCCUCUACGUCACUUGAGUUCUUAUAAUUCAAUUGGCUAUGUCCAUCAGUGGAAGUAUUCAUCUUUGAAUUUUGAUGCCAUGACAUUUCCUGUAGCUGAAGCGGGGGGCUGGCCCAGCAACCGCUUGAUGAAAGAUCACCCUGCGAGACAAACUGUCCUUCUAGCCACCCCUCGGACCAUGAAUUUCGUCCCCAUAAACUAUUAACUUUCAGAAGCAAUCAUAAUUGUCAUGUACUGACCAAGACAAAUCUCUCUUCUGAGCUGGAAGGGUAAUAUUUUAGUUCAGGAGUAACAAACUUUAUUCGAAGGUUAUCAUUAAAGUGAACCCCAGCAAAACACAGCCAAAAAAUUCUUCACUCGACCAGCUAGA